CUGAGCUAUCGGAAUCAUCUCUUACCUACGCCUGAGAGAGCACCGGAUUCGAUUCUCCCUGAUAGCAACGUUAGGGCAUACUCCUUUAUCGUUCUCACAUUCUGCAGGUGAUCUUCCAUUUUUCAUUUUGUCGAGUUUUGAAUUUGUUGCAUCAGAGGGAGUAGGCACUGUAAUUUUAAGCGUGUUUCCGUAUGGUGUUGAGUACUUGCUAACCUUGAUUUUGGUGAUGCGAAGUCAAUUUCAAAUAAUCCGAAUUCCUGGUGAUGGAAGAUGUUUGUUUAGAUCGGUGGUUCAUGGUGCUUGUCUCAGAUCGGGCAAGCUGGCUCCAAGCGAGGUUCUUCAAAAGGAGCUUGCAGACGAGCUCAGAGAAAACGUUGCAAAUGAGUUGAUGAAGAGGCGUUUGGACACUGAGCGGUUUAUCGAAGGUGACUUCGGACAGUAUGUUAGACACAUGCGCCAACCACAUGUAUGGGGAGGAGAACCUGAGUUACUCAUGUCGUCACAUGUCCUACAGAUGCCAAUCUCAGUGUACAUGUGUGACAAGAUGUCAGGAAAUCUCAAGGUCAUAGCUGAGUAUGGGCAGGAGUAUGGCAAAGAAAAUCCCAUCCGCGUCCUUUUCCACAGCUACGGACAUUACGAUUCCUUGAAAGCUCCAUGCAAUUAAAGAAGUUUACAUGUUCAGACCAGCGUCUUCCUACCUGCUCGAACAGUCGCACAUCAACAACACCUAGAUUGCUUGGAUGGAGUUUGGUUGAAAAACGAAGCGAUGCAUUGAGUUGAAGAAAUUGGUUUUCAAUUUGAAGUUGGCUUCGAAGUGGAUUUUGGAUCGGCGGUGUAUAUAUGUGUUUUUAUUUACCGAGGACGACGAAGCCGAAAUAAAAUCAUAUAAUAGAAAGAAAAAGGGUAACAAUUUUCAACUUAAACUAUGACCUGUAGGGUUGAACUAAUAAUUACAUGAAUUUAGACUUGAAAAUUAAAAGGUGUAUCAAUUUUCUCUAAACUAAUAGUUGUAAUUUAAAUCCUGAAUUUUUAUAAAUAUAUUAAAUUAAACUUUAGAGUUA